AUGGCUGAAGUCAUCGGGGUAGUUUCAGGCGCGAUAACAUUUGCGACGGUUCUUGUUCAAAUUGGAAAAACCAUUAUCACACUGAAAGAGUGCUACAAUGAUUUACGCGACGCGCCCGACGAUCUACGGAAUGAGGCUGCGCUGCAAAGCUUAGCCUAUUGCAAAGAAGCGGCGAAUGAGUUGGAUACGGUCUGCAACGACAUUGUUCGAGAUGUGAAAUCUCCCAGUCGUUUGCGUCGGUCUUUCAAGUCUGUUAAGAUUGUUAUACAAAAAGGGAAAAUCGAGAAGUAUAUGGAUCAUUUAAGAAAUGUUAUUCAGUUACUCAUGUGGUCUGAACAAUGCUAUAACCGAGCCCUUACUCAAGCUCACAUUCAAGCUCAGUCUCAGUUGAUCAUUGAAACGAUGGUAAAACUUGAUACAGCCCGUUCGUCUUCAGAAAACUUUAGGACCACGACAACUAUGGAAGGGGUAGAGUCUUUUGCCAAUAACACUGAAUCUGUUGUUGUAUCACAGGAUAAAGGAUUGAACUUUGCUCAGAGCAGUAGCUAUAGGUGGCGGCUUAGCUUGCCUCACUGGAUCACUUCAGAAAUCUUGGAAGUGGCUGCCAUGAAAGCCCCAGGAGGGUGGAACUGCUACUUGAGAGCUUAUGGUGUGAUUCCGCGCGAUGCAAAAGCGACCUUGCAUGUGAUGAUUGGAGACAUUCAAGGGCUCCAGGAUCUAUUUGCCUCCGGGCAAGCAUCGCCUUUCGACCGAAUUGAGAGUUCGCACGGGGAAUCACUACUUCAUCCCGGUAUUGGCUACAUGUGGCGCAUUGAAACCAAGUACCUGAACGAUGCCCUGCACAAUGACACGACGGUGGACCUGCUUUCCAAUUACGUCGAGCCAUUCUCGUUGACUCCCAGCAGCACCGGCGGCACUGCCAUUGAUGCGAAGGGCAACAUAUACUACAGCGACGGUGACCGGCAAGGUUGCACUGGCUUUGUGCAGCCUGAUAGUAAGACCAACACUAUUAUGAAGCCUAUCUAUGUCUAUAACAUUGAGACGGGCAACAAUCCGUCUCCGAUUGACCAUGCUUGA